GCGCUGCGGGAGCUGAGCAGGGCGAUUACGAACGCUAUGUGCUCCGAGCGGACGCGUCUAUCUGCUACAGCUUGCGAUCUACUUGCCACGAUCGUGCCCCGGCUGGGAGACAGAUUUGACAGCCAUCUUACGCUUUUCAUGCCGGAAGUACUCAAGUUGUGCACACGUACGAACAAGCUUUUCAUCGCUCGCGCACAGAAAACUCUCGGGGUUAUUGUGACUCAUACCAAGCUUGUAUCUGUGAUUUACUAUCUGCGCGAAGCGGUCAAAGACAAGAGUCACACGUUGCGAAUCGCCGCCGCCGACGCUGUUCUACUGUGCCUGAAAGAUUACGAGCCCAAGACACUGAGGACCAAAAUCGAAGACAUAGAGAGUAUCGUGGGCACUACCGCAACUGAUUCAAACCCGGAAGUUAGGAAGAUAUCGAAACAGAUGUUUGAGAUGUACAAAAAGCAGUUCCCCGAUCGGGUGGAC